AUGUAUCGAUCUGUACUGUUGUCCCACCGUCUCCCUGACGACCUCGUCUACGACAUCCUGACUCGGCUGCCAGUGAAAUCCUUAAUCCGAUUCAGGUGCGUUUCCAGAUCUUGGUACUGCACAAUCACCGACUCCGAUUUCAUUACCAAACACUUAGAACGAGCAAACUUAUUAUCCAAUGGUUGUCUGUUAUGUAAUCCACAUAGAAUUGGUCAAUAUUCAUCUUGCGAUUAUUUGUGUACGUUUGUUUGCAAUACCGACCGCACAUCGACGGAGAUUUCUAGGUUUGAAUUUCCUUCUUAUGAUGAGUACUUGGUUGGUUUCUCUAAUGGCAUUAUCUGCCUAGCUAAUUAUGCCGUAGAAUUUAGUCACGUAUUAUAUUUGUGGAAUCCAAGUAUUAGAAAGUUUAAGAGGCUUCUAGCUACUCCCUUGAUUGGCCCUUGCGAUAAUGCUGCUUUUGGUUUUGGCUAUCAUUUGCAAAACAAUGACUACAAGAUUCUGAGAUUUGUGUUUUUUCGUACCUAUCGUAGAGUAAAAGUUCCGCCUGCUGAGGCUGAGAUUUACACAUUGAGUACGGAUUCGUGGAGAAGGGUUGUGAUAUCGGUGGAGUCAUUUUGUGGGACUGGAUCUAAUGAAUCAGUUGAUUUUAUUGAAUCGUCAAUCUGUUUAUUCUUUAAUGGAGCUUUGCACUCUAUAGCAUAUUCUCGGGAUCAUAAUUUCAUUUUGUCCUUUGAUCUCAAUGACGAGAGAUUCCGUAAGAUAUUGCUGCCUCCAAAUUACUUGAAUGGAGUUUCUGUGUCUGCCGAAUAUCUUGCAGUGUUCAAGGGAUCGCUUGCUUUGAUUGUUUUUGGUGAAGGUGUAGCUGAGAAUAGUAACAUAUGCCACAUAUGGGUGAUGAAGGAGUAUGGUGUGGUCGAGUCUUGGACUAAAAGAAGUGUACCGAUGGCGAUGGGAAAUGUUCAACGCCUUUUUGGCUGCACCAUCAAUGGGGAACUUCUGAUUAAGAAGUUUGGCCACACUCAGAGCCUUGCAUUUGACCCUGAGAGUUUAAAUGAGGAAAUUCUUAGAAUUCCAGAGCCUGCAUGUAUGAUUUACACUGCUAAUUUUGUGGAGAGCCUAGUUUUACUUGAUGGGCUAAACAUCUCAUCUCAAUCAGAAAAUUAG